AUGGGAUUUACGAAGGGUUUCAAGAGUCGCCUGCACUCAACCGCUCGUGGUGGGCAAGAUGACUCCAACACAGAUCCCACGCUUCAGUCAGAGGUGAUACAUCCUGCGGACCAUGAUGUCGACCAAGACACCGAGAAGCAAAGCGUUGGCUCGACUGAGCAAGGUGUAGCAACUAUAGAAGCAGCUCAAGCGAUCUGGGGAAAGAAGGGUCGGUGGCUUGUUAUCAUUGGCCUGGCAUUGGUCAUGAUCAUCUAUGAGCUCGACAAUUCAACCAUUAAUAUAUACAACAACUAUUCAACAUCUUCAUUCGAUGCGCUAACGAAGCUGGCAUCACUAAGUACAGCGUCGACCAUUGUCUUCGCCAUCGUUAAACCACCCAUUGCGAAGCUAUCAAAUGUGAUAGGUAGAGGUCAGACCUACGCCAUUACCAUCUCCUUCUACAUUUUGGCCUAUGUCCUAAUGGCUUCCGCAACCACAUUCAAUACGUAUGCCGCCGGCGCUAUCUUCUAUGCGGUUGGACAAAGUGGAACGAAUAUUCUCAACGACAUUGUGAUCUCCGAUAUCACAACAGCGAGAUGGCGUGGCUUUGCCAUCGGAAUUAGUUUCACGCCGUUCUUAGUCACACCUUGGGUUGCUGGGUUCAUUGUGGAAAGUGUUGUAGCUCCAACCGGUAUUGGGUGGAGAUGGGGUAUUGCGAUGUUCGCUAUUCUCAUGCCGUUUUGUGCGAGCUUCAUCAUUACCACACUUGUCUAUUACCAAAGUCGAGCGAAGAAACAAUGCCUGGCACCACGUACCAAACUCGGACUCCGAGAAUUCUUUUCGCAAAUUGAUUUGGGCGGCAUAAUCAUGUUUAGUGGAGGUCUUGCCUUGAUUUUGGUGCCUCUUACUCUGGCUGCAACCACACCAUCCCGGUGGCAGACACCAUAUUUAAUCGCUUUGAUUGUACUCGGCAUGGUCCUCCUUGUUGCCUUACCAUUCUACGAGAAGCUUUUUGCGCGUCAUCCAAUCAUUCCUCCGCACUAUUUCUUGAACAGAACUAUUCUUGUAUGUCUGAUACUUAUUGCCGUGGACACUAUCGGCUUCGCAUGCACGCAUACCUAUCUUUACACAUGGGUUACAGUCGCCAAGGACUUCGGGGCGAGAGACGCAACAUUCUUCACAUACACGAACGGUGUUAUGCAAUGCUUUGUUAACAUUCUAGCCGGUCUACUCAUGGGCAAGUUACGACGGUACAAAUGGAUUGCUGUCGCAGGCAGUAUCAUUCGUCUCAUCGGCUAUGGUGUAAUGCUUAGACUCAGGGGGGCCGACAACUCCACUGCAGAGAUCUUCAUUGUUCAAAUUAUACAAGGCAUCGGUUCUGGAAUGAUCCAAAACUGCCUCAUAGUUCCUGCACAGAUCUCAGUUCCGCAUGCCGAGAUGCCUCAAGUAACAGCUCUAGUUUUAUGCUUUAUGUUUGUCUGUAGCAGCAUCGGAGCCUGUAUAGCUGGUGGCAUUUACACCAAUACUAUAUCCAGCGCUAUAUGGACUUAUCUGCCUGGCCUUAGUAUUGAUGAUACUUCAGCACUCGCCAACUCCUUUACUGGUGCUGUGCCGGCUUGGGGCACUAUGGAGAGAACGGCAAUCUCUAUGGCUUUCUCGGACAUCAUGCGUUAUAUGACUUACACUGCUCUCGGCAGUUCCGUCAUUGGGUUCAUUGUUGCUCUCAUCCUUCCUGAUCUUGUGCUUCCAGAUGUCAACAACCUCGUAGAGGUUUAA